AUGCGAGCCAUUGUCUUUUUGAACAUUGUUCGAUGUACAGUGUUUGUUGUAAGCGCACUUGCAUUUGCCAGCCAUGCAUCCCAGUGUAUCUUGUUUAACGUGUACCAAAAUCAGACUGAUAUACCAGAUUGGUUCAAAGGAGGACAUUGGCAGUAUUUGCUAUGGUACAUUGCUCUUGGUCUUUCGUUGACCAGCUCUACAGCAGUGUGCAUCCAUGCAGGAUGUUGUAGACGAGGUCAGCAUGUACGUGGCGAUAGGAUUCUAAGCACCAUCAACAUCAUCGUGUUAUCAUCCACCAUCUUACUUAUCACGUUUCUCGGUGGUCAAGAGCCAUGGACAAACGAUCUCGUCACAUUUUCACAGCCUGCCAAAGGUUUCAUACCCUACUGCAAUCUACUCGACCAAGAACGCGAUGCCUUGUAUCCCUUACUAUACCACAGGUGUGUCUUGGUGAAUACGACUUGGAUAUGUGGCUCACUCAAUUGUGUCAUGUGGAUAUUCUUACUGCUCUCGGUAUGGGUUGCGCGACCUGCAAAGCGACCAUCAUCCAUUGCUCAACUGCCGACGGAACCAAAAUGGGGUCGAUACAUCCCAGAGCCAACCAUCCCUCGAGUAUCUUAUCCCACAACACCCCAAUAUCCUUCCGUUUACUCUAAUGCAACGACAGCUACUCAUCUCUCGGAACCUAUUCCUCCUCCUAUACAAACCACCAAUGUGGAUAACAACUACCACGGCAAUCAGCAGUAUUAUUCUUCAGCUCAUUCAGACACCAGUGAUGGCUACUAUUAUAAUGCCUAUCAGCAUCAGCCUAUGACUGCUACAACUACAUCAAGCAACAAGUAUUAUUAUGAGGAUGAUGGCUAUCGAGAUGCGUCAGCUGUUGAUAGCUAUUGCUAUUAUCCACAUUACAGAUAG